UGCAACAAGCCCUCAAAAUCAACUGGUCUCCCGCCCAGACUUUCGUGUCUCCUUCUUGCUUGGACUUUCGACCUCCCUGCUCUCCUCAACCUCUGUGACUACAGCUACGAUUCUCGUGUUGCCGUUGUAGAACGAAUCUUUCCUAAGAGUCUGGAAACGAUGUCCUUCGGCUUCACGAGCGCUCAACCUGUCUCGAUACCGGUCAUAACCCGCGAUGACCUCGAUGAAUCCACUCCAUUCUUUUCGGCCACACCGGCCAGGACAUUGAUCGCUUCCUUCAUUUCGAGAUCCACAUCAGAGGUUGUAAUAGCAACACCACAAGCCUCGACAUCGUUGAUUGAAAGUGCCACACCAGCAUCAAUCCCGACAUCACUUACGUUCGCUACAUCCAUAUCAUCAUCACAGUCACUACCACCAUCAUCGACACCAUCACUAUCCGAAAAUGAAGAGACCAACCUCCCCGGCAUGAAACGUGGAAUAGCCAUAGGCGUCGGCGUCUGCGUAACCAUCAUGAUCAUCGCACUCGUUACCUACCUCGCCUUCAGACGGCGCCGACGCCUACGGGAGGCAGCAGCAGCCGGCAACAUCCCCGACGCAGAGAAGUACGCAGAGCAGCCAGGAACACCACUACCCCCGCCCUCCAUCAAUGGCGACAUGUCCAUGGCACCACAGGAUCCCGCGAAAACCUACUCGUACCAACACCACAGCGUGUUCCUGGAAUCAGAUUCAAGCGCCCUUCACGAGAUGGACACGGGGAGCGGGGCGAGAGAAUUGCAAGCUGGAGAGGGACUUGUGGAGUUGAAGGGCGAUGAGAGGAUGGUUUACGAGCUGGACGGCAACGAACUUGAACGGAAGACAGACGAUGAGCGGACUGAAGAGCAGAAGACGAAGGAUCGCUUUCUACGCGUCCAAGGCGGAGCUUGACGGAGCUACACUCGAUUUACGAUUCUAAUCACGGCUUUCGACAUCCACUGAGACACGCU